CCUUCUCGAUAAAACCGAAGCCGCAAGGGCAAGAGAAGAAAGAGUGUGAUUUGCCCUAUAAUUUGUUCUUCUAAUUGAUCACUAGUUAUCAUACAUUUCAAAAUGGAAGGUGGGCUUGAGGCAAGUGGAAGCAAUGGCGAGGAGAACAAUAGAGAUGAUGACUUGAACAUGACAAUAAGGGAGAUCUUGGAAACGAAGGAGAAGGGUAGUGAUGAUGACUUGAACAUGACCAUAAGGGAGAUCUUGGAAAUGAACUCAAGUCUUCGGUAUGAAGAGAUUGAUCGUGAACUCAAGGAGAUGAAAAAUUUUGUUGAAGAUGUUCCCACUAAGAGGGUGGAGCCUGAAGGAGAUUUAGGGUUUCAGGCAAGAGAGAUUGACAGUUUCUCAGGAAGUGGUAGAGAUGAAGAAGACCCUAUGUCCUCUUCUCCUCCACUUGCUCCCCAAAUAGUCCAACAUUCAAUAUUAGAUACUGAGAUCGAGGAUUUUGGGUCGCUUUCAGGAGCUAGAAUGGAGUUAGACCGAGCGAGUGAUCUCCUUGUGUCGGUUUCUGUUGGUACUGAGGAAAACAAGCAAAAAAUUGUAGACCUCAGUUCUGCAGCAUUGAAAGAACUACUAAAAAUGGCCAAGGAGAAACAGCCUCUAUGGCGAGACUGUAUAGAUGGGGAAGUUCUAAAUCAUAUAGAGUACACAAAGCAAUUUGGGCAGAUUGAUAAAACUGCGGAGAAAAUAAUGAGAAAGACCGAAGAAACUCUAUUGUCGCCAAACUUGGGCAGCCCAAGACACAUUUCAGCAUUGCCUGAAGAAUCAAGGAUAACUCUUUAUACUGAAGCUUCAAGACAUACUCAGUUUCUCCCUGUGGAUCCAGUCCACAUAGUUGAACUGCUCAUGGAUAUGAAUCAGUACUCAACUGUAUUUUCUAGUAUUGUCUCAAGAGCCACAAUACUGGGCAACCUGUCAACAGAAGCCCCAGGGAACUAUGAUGGAGCUCUGCAAGUGAUGGCGGUAGAAUUUAACGCCCCUUCACCACUCCUUCCAACGAGAGAGUGUCAUCUUGCAAGACACAGUAAGCAGCUGGCCACUGGGAUAUGGGGGGUGGUAGAUGUUUCCUUGGAAAGUUUAUUUCCUAAUCCGCUAAUAAGGUAUCGACGAAGGUCAUCAGGCUGCCUCGCUCAACAAUUGCCAAAUGGAGUCACCAAGAUCAUCUGGGUUGAGCACUCGGAAGCAGAUGAUAGUUCAGUUCCCGAAAUGUUUCGGGCCCUGGUUACCUCCGGCCAUGCAUAUGGUGCAAAGCAUUGGCUUGGAAAUUUAGUUAGACAGUGUGAACGCCUUGGACAUAUAAUGGCUAGUAGUGAUCCAAAACCUGGUGAAAUGGUUUCUCCUGGAAGAGAGAAUUUGUUGUGCCUUGCUGAGCGAAUGAUGAGAAAAUUUUGGGCUAAUCUCAGUGAUUCAUCAGAAAACACAUGGAGGCCAGUACCACUAAAGGGAGCUGAAAAUGUUCGGGCCAUGAUCAGAAGUGGUGAAGAUGAAGAAGGACGACCUCCUGGUACAGCGAUAGUUAUUGCAACAUCUGUGUGGGUUCCUGCAUCACCAAGGAGGGUUUUUGAUUUCCUCCAUGAUGUGCAUACACGAAAUAGGUGGGAUAUUCUUACUUGUGGACAUGUUGUUAAAGAAACUGGACACAUUGAUAAUGGCUGUGAUCAUGGAAACCGAGUUUCUAUACUGGAAGUGAAGUCUCCAGAGGACCAGAUCGUUGUAAUACUUCUUCAAGAGAGCUAUACUACUUUUACAAGCUCUUAUGUAACUUUUGCACCUGUUGAAGCUUGUACCCUGGAUAUGAUCCUAAAUGGAGGCAGCCCGGAUCAUGUGCCCAUCUUGCCCUCGGGGUUUUCUAUUCUUCCUGAUGGGCCAACGAGGGAUGGAGGGAGCGGAAGUCUUGUGACAAUGGCAUUUCAGAUCUUGGAUAAUUCCUCGUCUGCUACAUAUAUCCCUCCUGAAUCAGUAGCGACUAUUUUUAAACUCGUAACAGAGACUGCUGAGUGCAUCAAGGCCGCAAUGUUUAGUUCAUCAAACUUGGGUACAUGA